AUGGAACCGGAGUCAAAGGUUCUGGUUGAAUUGUUCGAUCCCGCCUCUAUGCCAUGGAAGCGAUGGUUACAAAGGUUCGACGGUGCCAUGACCAUACAUAAAAUUACGGGUGAAGAUAAAGUGCCUUAUAUUCUGCACCACUUGGGGGUUGCAAAUUACGCCAAGUUGUGCGAUUUCUGCGAUGAUGUAGAUCUCUACAAGCUAAAGUAUACAGAUUUGAUCGCUUAUUUGGCAUCCUUGUUCGAAGAUAAAGUCGUCGAGAUUGCAGAAGCCUAUAAAUUCCACUGCAGGAAGCAAGGCCAAGGUGAAUCCGUUAAAGAUUAUGUGACAGCACUCAAAAAGUUGUCACAGACAUGUGGAUUCGGGAGUUUUUUACAAACGGCGAUUCGAAAUCAGUUUGUUUACGGGUUAAAUAACCCGGCGAUUCGUCAACGUCUACUGGAAACGGAAACGCUGACCUUGGAAAAAGCGUUAAACGUCGCGUCGGCAAUGGAAUUGUCGAAAAAGGAAAACGAAGGCUUGAGUGGGUACGACGAGAGUAUACAAUUCGUUGCUACAUCAGGAAGAAGAAGAGGUUCGCAGUUCAACGACCGAGAUAAGUCAAGAAAUUCAAAUUUUAGAAGAGGCGGUAAGCAGUUUGGCGGUAAGAAGGGUAAUGAAAGUUUUUGUUUUCGUUGCGGCUCCCCGGAUCAUAUCGCUAAUAAGUGUUCGUUGGACAAAAACGUAAAGUGCCGAGCAUGUGGUGUCCUUGGACACAUACAGAAAGUAUGUUUCAAAACUAAAUCGCCUCACGUUGGAUUAUUAGAUUCCGAAUAUAAUAACAAACAGUCGGGCUCGGAAAGCGACGAAAGUGAGCCGUUAAAUGUUAUCGAGGUGUUUGGUAUCGAACACCCAGAAAUGCGAGAUAAAAUUACGGUAAAGUUAAAUGUAAACGGUCACGACGUUAUGUUCGAUCAUGAUACAGGCGCGGGAUUUACGCUUAUGAAUGUUGAUCAGGCAAAAGCGAUUUUCAAACACGGAGUCAUUUACGCGACAAAAUUGACUGCUAUUUCAUACUGUCAUACACCGAUACAAGUUCAAGGUUUUAUGAUUGUUAAAGUAAAGUACAGAGAUUCAAUUUACAAAUUAAACUUAUAUGUUACAAAUUUAGUACGGCCCCCGUUGCUUGGCCGCGAAUGGAUGCGAAUAAUGCGGAUGUUCCCGUUCGACGGUACAAAUGAAGUGUGCAAUAGCGUGAUGGAAAAAGAGUCAAACAUUGAUAAAAAGACAGAGAUUGAAAAGCUUUUUCAGAAAUAUCCAAAUUUGCUUAAAGAGGACAUGAGUCCUAUUCAUGAAUUUAAAGCCACGUUGGUUUUGAAAGAAAAUGCUACGCCGGUUUUUAUAAAAGCAAGACGCGUUCCUUUUAGAUUAAUUCCUUUAGUCGAAACAGAGCUCGAUAAUUUAGAAAAAAAGGAUAUAAUUGAGAAAGUUAACACAUCUAAAUUUGCCACGCCAAUCGUGCCAUUAAUUGUCGAUGAAUACCAUUUACCGACUACGGAUGAACUAUUGGCAGAUAUGGCUGGCUGUAAAAUUUUUGCUAAAGUUGAUUUAUCUCAGGCUUAUUUACAAUUGUGUUUGGAUGAAAAGAGCUCUGAAAUCGUCGUAUUAAAUACGCAUCGCGGUUUGUACAAAUGUAAACGACUGUGGUAUGGUUUAGCGCCCGCAGUUGCUAUUUGGCAACGUUUUAUGGAAAGCAUUUUAGCGGGGAUUAAAGGAGUCUCUGUCUUUAUCGAUGACAUUAAGAUGGGUGCGAGAAAUUGGGCUCAAGUAGAUAAGGAAGCUUAUGCGAUUGUCUGGGCUGUUAAGCGUUUGUACCAAUACGUAUAUGGCAGAAAAUUCGAAUUGAUAACAGAUAAUAGAGCCAUUCAGCAAAUUUUUUCACCGGAUAAAAGUUUGCCUGUGUUCAGUGCGAUGCGUAUGCAGCACUAUGCAAUUUUUUUGCGGGGUUUUACGUAUACCAUUAGAUUUAAGAAAUCGGAACAUAACGCUAAUGCGGAUUGCCUGUCACGUUUGCCGGUACCGGGCAGCGUAGAGAGUGUUGAUGCACUGAGUGUGUACUACAUUAACUUGGUGUCCACCAUACCAGUUACUUUUGAGGAAAUUAAAAAAGAAAUUGAUUCUAAGCAAGAUGCUGACAUUUGUAAAGUCAUUAAUUUGAUCAAACAAGGGAAAAAGUUAGAAUCAAAAGACACUUGGAAUUGUAACCCUUUGGAAUUUAAUUUGGAAUUUGGAAUACUGUUAAGGGGACACCAAGUUGUAAUUCCACGCAAACUUAGAAAAAGUAUGUUAGAUCAAUUACAUGUCGGUCAUUUUGGUAUUGUCAAGAUGAAAAAUCUGGCUCGCGGGUACUGUUGGUGGCCAAAUAUCAGUUUAGAUAUCGAGCAUAAGGCACGAAAUUGUUACGAGUGCAAUUUACAUAGCAGGAAUCCACCUGCGAAUAAACUGCAUAUUUGGGAACCAGCCAGUGUUCCUUUCGAAAGAGUACAUUGUGAUUUUGCGGGGCCUUUUCUUGGGAAAAUGUUUUUUCUAUAUGUAGAUGCUUUUUCUAAGUGGCCGGAAGUACAUGUGGUAAAAAACAUAAAGACUGAAACAAUUAUUUUAAAAUGUCGUGAAAUAUUUGCUAUUUUUGGACUACCUAAAAAUAUUGUGUCGGACAAUGGUCCGACGUUUAAAGCUACAGAAUUUCAUGAAUUUUUACACAGUCACGGCAUUUUGCAUCGAUUUUCUGCCCCUUACAAUCCUCAAACAAACGGGCAGGUAGAAAUUUAUGUGAAUACGAUUAAACAAUCUCUUAAGAAAAUGUGCGAAAAAGUCUCAGAUGUGCAAGAAGCAUUAUUACAAGUGUUAACGCAGUAUCGUAUCACACCUCAGGUUACAACGGGCAAAGCUCCUUCUGAGCUAUUAUUUGGUACGAAACCGAGGUGCACUUUAGAUCUUUUAAAACCUGUACAAAUAAAACAAACGAUAGUGGAACAUAAUAAUCAAAUUCCGGUAAGAAAAUUCAAACUGAAUGAUCGAGUCGCUUGUCGUAAUUAUGCAAAUACACAAAAAUGGUUUUUUGGUAGAAUAUUAAAAAUUUUGGGAAAAUGCCAUUAUUUGAUUAAGUUAGAUGAUACCAGAAUUUGGAAAAGACACGUAAAUCAACUUAGAAAAAUUGGAGAAGGCAUUGAAAAUAGAAGUACGCCCGAUUAUGAUUAUUAUGUUCCACCUGAAGAGCAAAUGGUUUUUUAUGAGACUGUACAAAAUGAUGAUGUAUCUAACGCAGAGAUCGCGAAUGAAAGCGCGAAUGCUUCGGCGGGUGAAUUGGAUGAAACCCCUCCGGUUGGCCCAUCGGUCACGGAAAUAGAUAAUCCUGUUGUAGAAAGGCCUAUUUUAAUACCUAGGCGAAAGCGAAAGCGACAGCCAAAAUUUCCGGGAAAGUAUGAUGAAUUUAUUUGCGAUAUACCACCUAAAAGAAGUAAGAGUCAAUAA